AUGACAUAUUUUCAAUCUGUUCAAAUAAAAAAUUCUGGUAGACCUAUCUUAUCAAACGAUGAACAUGAUAUAAUAAUUAAUGAUUCUGUCGGUUUGUACAAAGAUAAUCAAAGAAUUAAAGAUAAACAAAAUGGUAGAAUUUUUUUAACUAAUAAAAGAUUAAUUUAUGUAGAUAAUCUUUUGCCUUUAAAUUCUUCUGUAUCACUAAAUUUAAAUGAUAUCGAUUCAAUUGAUUACCAGUCCCGUUUUCUAAAAAGAUCUUCUAGAUUAAUAAUAUUUCUAAUAUCAAAUAAAAAUAAUCAAGUUCAUAACCAAUCUAACCUUCUCAAUUGUUCAUCAUCCUCAUUUCUACCUUCUUUCUCUUCCCCUAAUUCAAUUUUUUCUACUACUGAAUGGAUAUGUCCCAUAUGUUCAGCCACUAAUGUAUCUGAUGGUAAAAUUACAUUGGCUUCAACUAAUUUUCCUGUAUGUAAUAAUUGUGGUGUACAAAUGGAUUACAAUAUGACAAAGGAUUCAGUAAAAUAUCAUAUUGAUAAUACCACUCUUACUACUGAUACCAAUAAACACAAAAAUGGGUUGUCUUGUCCUAAAUGCACCUUUCUUAAUCAUUCAUCAAUGAAAUAUUGUGAGAUGUGUGAUACAAAAUUACCUCAAAGCAAAAAUAUAAUAUCUUCUUCUUCUUCCUCAAAUAAUAACCAUAAUAAUAAUAGCAUAGAUGUACAAUCAUCAGAUAUGCCCAAAUAUAUUCAAAUUAGUUUUAGAAAAACUGAUGGGUCUUUAUUUUUUGAAGCUACUAAAAAGGCUCUUAAUGAUUUAAAACUCGAUAAUGGCACUUUUAAUCAAAAUUUAGCAAGUGUUAAUGGUAUACCAGUCACACAAAAAAAUAACAUUUCAAAUUCCACUUUUACUACUUUCACUACUACUCCUAUGCUUAGUAGUAAUAUUGAAUUUAUGGGAAUUAAUGGAUUAGAAAGAUAUAAGGAGACUCAACUAUUAAAUAAUGAUAUUCUUUUCAAUAAUGCACUACAAGAUUUAAAUAACUUAAUGUCACUAGCGAACUCAAUUGAAAAUUUAUAUAGAGCACAAGACAAAAAUUUAUCAAAUAACCAUAUUUCUAAUAAAAAUAUUAUUGAGACUAAUUUAAUUAUAGAUCGUGAAAAAUUUCUAAACCAAGAUUCCUUUCUUAAUGAAUUAUCAAGAGAAAUUUAUGAUUUUGCUAUGCUAGAAUUCAAAGAUAAUGAAAUUAAUAAUAAUGUGUUAAUUCCACUCAUAGAUUUCUAUGCAAUGUACAAUAAAGCAAUGAGGAUAGGAACAGGCUUGAUAUCCCCACAAGAAUUGAAAGAGGCAUGCCAAAGAUUCUCUAAAUUAGGUUUAAAUGAUUUAAAACUAAUUACUUUAAAUAAAAGAAUCUUAUGUUUAGCCACCAAUAAUUCAUUUGAUUUUAUUAAGAAGCAAAUUUUGGAACUUUUAUCAAAAAAUCCAGGUUUAGAUAUUUUAAAACUCACACAACUUUUAAAUGAUAUGGCAGAUCAACAUAAAUCUAAAUUAGACAAUACAUCUGGUUCUAAUAACAAUAAGAAUAAUCAAAAUUCUGUUUGGACAGUUUCUAUUAUAGAAGAAAUCCUUCAAUCCUGCAUUAAUAAUGGUAUUCUAGUCAUUGACGAAGAUUUAAGUGGGGUAUACUAUUAUACAAACCGUUUUUAA